AUGGGUGCAUGCUUUAGCGGCGAAGUCGCGGGGGACGCGGAACAGAAGAAGAAAAGCCAGUUGAUCGACCGGAAGCUCGAGGAAGACUCCAGGCGGUUACGCAGGGAAUGCAAGAUCCUUUUGCUUGGCUCUGGCGAGAGUGGAAAAUCCACCAUUGUCAAGCAGAUGAAAAUUAUUCACCAGAAUGGCUACACUGUGGAGGAGCUGGCUCUGUAUCGCUUGACCGUCUACAAGAAUCUCCUCGAUUGCGCCAAGGCUCUCAUCGAGGGAUACCGUCUCUUUAACCUCGAACCGUCUAGCCAAAAGGUUCAGGAUUACCUCACCUUCCUGGACGAAUAUCAUGUCGACGCAGAUCCCAAUAUGCCGUUGGAUUCUAAAGUGGAGACGCCGUGGCUUACCUAUGGAAUGAUCCGUGCACGUCAACGCUUUUUCGACGAAGCGAAGCGGAUAACAUCACCGGACUACAUCCCCGACGUAUCAGAUGUCCUUCGAGCAAGAACCAAGACCACAGGUAUCUACGAGACAAGAUUUACCAUGGGUCAAUUAAGCAUACACAUGUUCGAUGUGGGUGGCCAGCGCAGCGAACGCAAGAAGUGGAUUCACUGCUUCGAGAAUGUCACAUCUAUCAUUUUCUGUGUCGCUUUGAGUGAAUACGAUCAGAUGUUGCUAGAAGAAAGCAAUCAAAAUCGCAUGAUGGAGAGCUUAGUUCUCUUCGACUCUGUGGUCAACUCUCGAUGGUUCAUGCGAACAAGUAUCAUUUUGUUCCUGAACAAAGUCGAUCUAUUCCGGCAAAAACUUCCCCGGUCUCCCCUGAGUAAUUAUUUCCCUGACUAUUCUGGUGGAAAUGAUGUGAAUCGUGCGGCGAAGUAUCUUCUUUGGCGAUUCAACCAAGUGAAUCGAGCACACCUCAACCUAUAUCCACACCUUACCCAAGCAACCGACACCACCAAUAUCCGACUGGUUUUCGCGGCUGUCAAGGAAACAAUUCUACAGAAUGCCCUGAAGGAUUCAGGUAUUCUAUAA